AUGGAACCUCCUGCUGGAAACACAUACUUCCCUGCUCCAGUCCAUGAUGUAUCCGAAGGGCUCAAUUUCCUGACAUCCUCAUCUUCGCUGUUCAAUCAUGGCCAUGAGCUGAAGCCAAAGAUUAGUCUGCUAGGGACUCGCUUAGGGGGAGGAUUAGCCGCUAUGUUAGCAUUGACACGACCGAACGAUGUCCAUGCAGUCACCAUGCUUGAACCAAUCGUUGACUGGGUGGGACUGGAUGAGACUAUCAAACAGCUUCAAGCAUCAACUGGGAAGCCCGUGGAGGGCAGGCCGUCGACGUCUAAAAGAGCUUCGCGGGAAAAGAAGCGCGCUUCACCUUUCACUGGCGUGAAUGAUAAAUCGGUGCUCGCAGCAGCUGAAGAACUAUCCAGGCUGCGGUCUAAACUGUUCAAGACACCUGCUGCUUAUUUCGAUCCCUUCGCGAGCCCGCUGCUGUUUCUACGUGCGGCAGGGAGGGAUACACCCCAGGAGACAAAAGGUGAUGUGUUGAUGCAAGAAAUGGGCCUUGAAAACAUCGAAGACACCGAAAACAUCGAAGACGAAUCAUUUGGGCCCUAUGACGACGACAGGGGACAGAACAGCCCAGGACCGACAAGUAGCGCAACGGGCGCUCUUUGCGACGAAUCUGCAAGACAGUCAUCGUCAGAUGGAGACUCCGCCGAAUCUGUCUCAGACAUUAUUGCACCUGAACAGAGCUCUGCAACGCCUCCGCAAGCCGCUCAUCCGCCUCGUCGACGCAAGGUCUUGCAACGCUGGCCGUCCGUCGGCAGACCCGAGGACGUUUUACUUCCAUACACCAAGAUUUUUCUUCGGGCUUCAAUCUCAAGCGAGAUGAAAGAACCCACAAACGCUGUAGACAACCUCUCUGACACUGUGAAUCUCGAGAACGGCUUGCGAGCGCUGCUUCAUGCACAAGGCACAGAGUUUGCGGAGCUGAUGCGACGUGCGUGUUUCUAUGGCCGCGAGAUCGGCUUUGCAAAUGAGAGAGUCAAAGUACACAACAUCGUCUCUAGUCAAUCCUCACCUAGUCUUGGGUUAGACGGUGGGUCGAACGUGCAUCAACGAGCAGUGCUCUGGGCGAAUGAAAUUCUGAAGGAAGACUGA